AGGAGGAACCGAGCCGACCACUGAGUACUGAGCGACGAAGCGCACGAAGCCAACGCCACACUGAAACGAGGAACUCGUGCCAGACCCUGCAUUUAAUAUCGGCCAAAACCGCGCACUCCCAGCUUCACAGCAGCGCUCAUCUACGCUCUGUAGGAUGACAAAGCUGGCUGCCCGCGACGAGGUCACCAGCGCGCAUCGUAACGGUCACGGUUCAACUCCUCAGCGGGAGUACAAUACGCUGCUACCGUCGCUGGGGACGACCUGUUAUACUUCUCAGCGCCAGCACACCCCGCUCGAAGAUGAGCUUCGCGCUCUGCAGGUGUACGUCGAAAACCUGCGGGCGGAGGAGAACAGCCUUUGCGAGCGGCUUUGCGCAGUCCAGUCUCUACGUCGCGCUGCCGAACAAAAAGUCGAGCAAUGCGAAUCAAUCCUGCAUGCUCCCAUCCGGCGGCUACCUGCUGAGCUUCUCUGCGAGAUCUUUCUGUACCUCUGGCCUCGUCGGGCUGGGGAAGUGAAGCUCACCAAUGGUCGGCCUCUGUUCCCGAAUUUCCUCUCACCUGCCUUCUUUCCUGUCCCCUUCGUCUGCUCUCUUUGGCGCCGGCUCGCGAGCAGCAUGCCUCGGCUGCAACCGCGGCUUUGCUUGGACGUCACGGACCCAGGCGCAUUGACCACUCCUCCUCACCCACCUCCCGCCUUCGACCUCGCGGACGCUCCACGCAUGUUCCUCCGCAUGCACAUCCUCGGCCAAUACCGUAAAAAUGGCCUCCCUCACCGAGACGUGCUCGAGCCUCUCGCAAAGCACUCGGCGCACUGGCGCGAGGUCAUGAUAGAGUGCACGUCGUGGCCUGCCCUGCGCUUCGUCGGUACGGAACUGGCACUUCCUCAACUGAGGAAGGCGACCGUCGUGUUACCCAGGCGCAUUCGCUACGUUGGGAUACGUCCCGAGGACGAGGAGAGCUGGUGGGACGAAGCUAUGGCGUCCGAUAAUCCAUGGUUAUUCGACCAAGCGCCCGACCUCCGCGAUCUAGUCCUAAUUAACAAAAUGGACGAACCAAUCUCUUCCCUGCCUUUCACCCUCACCUGGCACCAGCUUACCAGCCUGACGGUGAACCCGUACAUUGCGCCCGACCUCUAUGUGGAGAUCAUAUCCCAGUGCACCUCGCUGCGUUCCUUCACGCUGCGCGAGGCGGAGGGCGCGGGUGGGACGGUGUGGGAUGCGUGGCUUCCGCCGACGCAGAGGACGUGCGUAUUCCGCGGGGACAAGCUCUCGCUGAAAAUCACGACUCUGCGGAACGUAAAACCGUUCUUGAAGGCAGUAGCGGCUCCCAAUCUCACGCAGCUCCAUAUCGGCGUCGGAGCCAUUGGCGAGAGCAUUCAACCCAUCCUGGACUUUCUAGACCGGUCGCGCUGCGGGCUCACGCGUCUCAAGCUGUGGUGGGCUAUGGAAUAUCCCUCGACGGUGGAGUUCGAGGAGCUUCUCGGCCGUGUGCAGAGCCUAGAGUAUCUGCAGUUGAGGAUAGGGACUGCUUGGAAGAAAAUCACCAGUCCUACUCUCGUCAGGAGUGCGCGCGCUCUCCUCGAUUCCCUCUGCAUAGUCCGCGAGGAGGGUAAACUGCCGGGCCUUCGCGUUCUCAAGAUCGCUACGGUGGACGAUCUUUCGGACGUCAUAACGGGGCGUAUCUUGCCCGCGUUUGUCUACGAUGCGUCGCCCCUACACGAGCUGUGGCUCUCGACCCCAAUACACAGGGAUACAUGGGAACACGAGGUGCCACGACGUGGAGAUAUGGCCGAUAUGUAUGGUCUCCGGCGCUCCUAUGGCAUGGCGAAGCCGAUAGCUUAGGAUGAUCAAGACUUCGUCUAG